CUCCCUGCCAGGCCAUGGCCAGCCCCCUGGGGAAGCCUUGCCACCUGGAAGCUGAGCUCCAGAGAAGCCCCAGGGGUCCAGGCCAGGGGGCUGGGGGGUGGGCUUCCAAGUCCCCGACUGCCCCGCCAUGAACCGGCUCUGGAGGCUCGGGUGUCGAAGGCUGUUCCGGCGGCCCCUGAAGUGGGUCCCCAUCCUGGGCGAGCUGCAGAAGACCCUUCAGAAGGGCGAGUACCUGCCCCUCCGCCCGCUGCCCAUGUUCGAGAGUAACUUUGUGCAGGUGACCAACCAAGGGAGCCCCGUGUUCGUGCACCAUGGCACCAACCGGGUGACCAUGGGCGUGGCCGCCUCCCUGCCCGGCCUGGGGAUGCCCGACAUCCUGCUCAUCGCACGACCCCCAGACGGCACUCCUGGGGCCGACCUCGUCCUCACCAGGCUGAUCCCCAUGGCCCUGGUCAACCUCUACGUGCACGACCUGGCCGCCUGCCGGCUCAAGCUGCGCCUGGUCUCUGGCCGUGCCUACUACCUGGAGCUGGACGCCCCCAGCCACGAGCUCAGCUUCCUCUUCAACCGCUGGCUGCGCCUCGUCAACCUGCUGCAGCGGCCCCUCAUCACCUGGGUGCCCAGGACCUCCUUCACACCCCCCCUGGCCCUGGCCCACACCGACGCCCCUGCCUCCACCUGGCAUCUGCAGAAUGAACUGCCCACUGGCCGCUCAGCCACGGCGGGGGAGCCCACCUUCCAGCAUGUGAUACUGGCAUCUCAGAGGCCCAGGAAGGUUAAGGCCCCUAAGCGCAGGUUCAAGUCCCAGGCCGUGGGCGACUCGGUGCCCCUCAUCUGGUCGCAGCUGGAGCACGGGGACCCCAGGAAGAAGCACAGAGACAAGAAGGCCUCCCGGGACCUCCAGACGCUCAGACCUCAGGCCCAGCCCAGGACUUCUGAGAAGCACAGCCUCACCAUCAGGACCAUCUUCAGUAUCAUCUCCAACACCGUCAACACCACACAGUCCUCCGCCAAGGUCCCCCCUAACAGUUCCAGGGAGGGCUGCCUCACACACAGCUUCACCGAGCCCCCUGCAGCCUGCCUCCCACCCAAGCCCCGUGACCCAUCCCUGCGGGGCUCCUACGACCAGCUGGGCCGCUUCCUGUGGCAGCAGAACCUGGAGGAGCUCAUGGACCCCGAGUCCAGCACCCUGUCGUCCUCCACCCUCAGCCCCCCCACCUUCUACCUGGAAGCACCCUACUCCUCCUCCCCGGGGCACGCUGCCCGGGCCCAGCCUCCGGGGGCCCCGCCCACCCAGAGGGGCACCUCAGUCUGCACGCCCUUCAUCCUGGACCGGUCCCAGAGGGUCCCCGCUGUCCAGGCAACGCCCAGGAAAAUGUCCACAGGCCUAUCCCGGAAGAAUCCGCCCUCACCCUCAGCACCCCCGAAGACUCCCGCUAGACCUGGCCCAACGCGGAAGGACCCCCUGAAGACCCCCACAAGGCCAGGCCACUCCCGGAAGCAGCGCCCUGUACUGACUCACCGCUCGAAGACCCCAGGUGCACCUGCCCCAUCACGGAAGGGUCCCCCCGCACCUGCCCUUCCCACCAAGGCCCCAUCCCUUCAGGGCCCCAGCUGGAAGUCCCCAGCCACCCCAUCCCAAAAGGCCCUGGUCCCACCACCGCACAGCAGCCUGGAGGAUGGAGCAGUGGGAGGCCAGCGGGCACCGAGAAGCCAGAGGCCCUUUGCCACCAACAUAACCUCGUCCCCGGAGCUGCUGGUCAGCCGGGCCCGCAGGGUCACCGUGGUCGGCCUGAAGGGCGCCCACACGCAGCAGGACCGCCAGACACACUGCACUGAAGAGGAGGCGGCCGUGGACGUGGCCGGCUUCAAGUCCCAGCAUGCGGGGCAGCAGCAGACGUGGGUGAGGGCCCAGGCGCCAGCGGUGGAGGCCCCGCCACGGGAGCAGAGCCGGCCCUUCUCUGUGGAGGGGCUGGCCCUGGCCAAGCUGGUGAUCAUGGCCAGAGCCCAGGAUGUCCCGCUGCCCCCCAUGCUGGCCAGCCUGCCCUCCUGGCUGUCCCUUCACCAGGCCUCCAUCCUGUCACUGUGGGGGCCGGGGCCACCUCCCCGCCUUGGCCAGGGCUCCCUGCCAGAGGGGCGGCCGAGGGACCCAGCGGGGGCUCCCGGAGUGUCCCCCCGCUCCAGAAGGAACCCCGGCGACCCCAAGACACACAGCGCCUCCCAGAUGCCCAUCGCCCUGCCUGCCUGCAGGUGGGAGGACCUGCCGCCCCCACAGCCCCGCUCGCCCAGCCCCCACCCCAGGCCGCCUCCCCAAUCCCGGAGAGGCCCCCUGGAGCCCAGGAGGGCGCCUUUCCACUGCCCCCUGGCCCGGGCGGGGUCCCACUCGGAGAUCCUCUUGCCCUCACUCUUGGAGCUGAUGACCAGGAGCGGCCCGGUCGCCAAGGUGGACACGGUGCUGGAGCAGCUCGGUGCCUGUGCACCCCCACCCAGGUACGCGGGGCUCCCUGCCAGCCCGAGGGGGCAGGCGGUCUCACUUCUGCUUGCAAACCCAACCCAGUGUCAGCACACGCCAGCCACUGGGCCAGGUCCUGGGCUGUGGCACCCGCAGUGGGGACAGCUGUGUGUGCCUAGGACUCUGGGCCCACAGGGUGUCAGCUCACUUAGAGGGAGGAAGUUACUUCAGAUGGGAGCCAGCAAGUUCACUCCACCGUGCUGUGACUGGGAGUGGGCUGAACAGGCUUCCAGGAGGAGGUGCCCUUUGUGCAAGGACUCAAAGAAGAGAGGCAGAUGGGGGUGGGGUGGGGAGGAUGGACUUCCUGCCGGAGGAGCCACAGUAGAAUAUGAGUCUGAGGAAUGA